CAUGUAAGCUAAGCUAAACCUAAAUUCCAAAUUUGUCAAAAUCAGACCAUUGUUGAAACUUUUAACGGACAAACCUCGUUAUAAAAAUCAAAUUUGUCAAAGUCAGGAUUUGAAAAUCAAACUCUAAUGUGGAGACUCAUGUUCCAACUAAAUAUAGUUGAAACUUGUAAAUCUUCUUAUCACAACUCAUCAUACUGCAUGAAUGCAUAAUCUAUGCCUGUAAUGAAUAGUAUGUACUUUGUGCAUACAUUAGAAAAAUGUCAUCUCUUAUCAUCUUCAUCUUAAUUGUUUAUAAUCAUCUGGCAUCUGUCAGAAGAGUACACCUUGGGGUCAAGUUUAGUUAGAUUGUGAUUUAUUAGUGUAGUACUGUAAUAUUUUUUAUGAUAAAUGGUUCACAUGUGUAUUUUUCUAAGGUCAGUCACCAUAAUAAUUUUAUUUGCUGUUGAAGAAACACAAUCAAAAGUAGCAACUGACAUACAAGAUAUUACCCCUCCCUGGGAUGUGCCUCUCAGUGCAAAGUACAUGAGGAGUUUUGCAUAUCCCACGAUCAAGGACAGACUUCCUGUUAUCUUAACCAAGGUCAUAGACGGUUUAUCAAGAGAUAAAGAGGCUAUCGCUGCUGAAUAUGGUGAGGAAGGCAGAGAGGAUGUCAAACGGGUGAUCAGCUGUUUAUCCCAACUGAAAAAUGAAAUGGUCACAGACAAAUAUUUCACCCAGUUGGUAUGCGGAGAUGAUGCAUCGAAGUGGAAUGUCUACUGGCGUAACAAGACGGAAAACGGGACAAUGGUGUCCUGGUACUCUACUGAGUGGUUGUAUGCAGAGACGUACUUCUACAGGAGGAUAAAAGAAGCUUUCCUGUUGAGGUAAACACUUGGAGUGAUACACUUUG